AUGGACCAAAAUGUUAUGAAUAACACGAGAAGUCUUCUCAAUAAAUUCAAAACAGGCCGCAAUGAGCUUUAAAGAGCUGAUGGCUAAACCAAAGAUCGAGUAGAAGUUUGGAGAAAGAACUUACACGGUUUAACAGAUGACUUAGCUAAAUAGGCGAAACUACUAGAUGAGCUUGACAACGGUGGGACUAAGUCAGCAGAAGGUGGAAAUGAACUUAAAAAAGAUUUCUUUGAUCACUUAGUAUCCUAAAUCUCAAAAGAAAUUCAAGAACUGAUUGGUAUUUGCAAAAUUGUUAUGUCCCUUCCGUAACAGUAUUAAAACAAACAAAAGAAAGAGAACAUUGAGAACUAAUGGAGAAUUCUAACUGAUCAGAUGAAGAACGAGGUUACUAAGGUGCUCGGACUUGCUCAAGACCCUAGUAAUAAAACUAACUUUUAAUUAUUUUUAGACUCUGAUCACAUGGCUCUAAUCUCUAAACUUUUGAAUCUUAAAGAUCACUUACAAAGAUAAAUCUUUAGUGGAAUUCUAUAUCGCAAGCUUGUAGUUUGGAUGGAUCUCAAUAUCUAGUCUGAUGAAUUUGUGCAUUCAAAGGUUGUUGAAGUUAACAACAUGAUAAACGACUUCAAGGAACAAAUGCAUUACAUUCCCUCCAAGCUUUUUUAUUCCGAAGUAGAUCUUAGUAGUCCCGGUAACUACUCAAUUAAUUUCGAUGGGAAUUAAGAUUCUGUUGCCAACCUAGAAGCUCUUUGCGAAGCUUUUAUUGAAAUGGAGAAUCUUAUCAAGAAAAAUUUCAAGUUAUCAUCAGAAAAGCUGCUUAAAUUUACAGAUAGCAAUCCUGUCCAACUUACUCUGAGAGAGGAAUUAGAAAUCGUGUAUAAGUAGAAAAAUCUAUUGGAGGAUGAGAAUCAAAACCUCAAAUUAUCUCUUAUUGCUAAUAGAGAAAAUGAUUCUAAGAAUCUUCUAGAGUUGCAUCAGUCUGUUGAAAAGCUUAAGAAUGAACUUCAGAUUUAACAAUUGCUUCAUGAGGAAAAAAAAACUUCAGAUGAUGAAAGAAACAGACUCAAGACAUGGUAUAUUCCAAGAUUGAAGGAGACAAGAAAAUAUCAAAAGGAAUUAGCAGAUGAGCUUGAGAAAAUCAAGCAAGAUGCUGAGCUCCUUCCAUCUAUGUUUAGAGCUGAGGCAGUAUUUAGAAAUUAGUGCAAAAAAGAAAAAGAUGAAGCUGAGGAUGAAGCAGUAAGAAAGUAUCAGGCUUUACAAAAAGAAAGAGAUGAUUUAAAACAUGAACUGGAAAGAAAAGAACGACUUAGUUUACAAGCUAUUGCAGCUAGAUCAAAUAUGAAGACUCAUCUUGAUCAGGCAAGUUAAAGUCUUAAAGAUUCUGAGAAAGAAAAUCGUUCAUUAGUGCAGAAAUUGAAAGAUGCUGAAGAAGAUGUGAACUAUUAUAAGAAAAAGCAUGAUGAAAUGUUCUAAUCAGUAAGUGCUUUGAAUAAGAGAAUAGAGGAGCUAGAAUAACACAAAAUUCAUCUGCUUGAUAAACUUAAGUCUCAGGGAGACAAAGGAGGACUCGAAUAUAUCGUCAAGACUUAAAAACUUGAGAAUAUCAAGGGCAAAGAGCUGCAAGAUAGAGUCUAAGUGGAGGACUACAGACCUGAACUCAAUAGAAGUAAAAACCAAAGUGAAUCAAACAAUCAGUUUGAAUGA